UAGACCUAGAUAUAAACAUGGAUAACAACAGUGAGGGAAUGGUCUUGUAAAGCAAGAUAUUUUUCGUGCAAAUCUGUAUGCCUAACAGUAUAAACUUUAUUCAAUGAAGAUUGAAGGAAUUGAGAAAACCCUCGCUUUUUGUUUCACUCCAAGGUGAAGGACUCUGUUUCCCAGAAGACCAUAGGUCUGAUGCGGAUGCAGUUCUGGAAGACUACAGUGGAGGAGAUCUACAGGGACGACCCCCCAGUGCAGCCUGUCAGUGCAGAACUAUGGAGGGCGGUGAGGAAACACUACCUGACAAAGAGGUGGAUGCUUAGGAUAAUCUCUGAAAGAGAGAAAGACAUGGAAGACAGAGCUUAUAGAAACCUCCAGGAGUUGGAGACCUAUUCAGAGAAUACCCAGGCCUCACUACUGUACCUUCUUUUGGAGAGUUUAGGUGUGAAAGAUGUCCAUGCUGAUCAUGCUGCCAGCCACAUUGGUAAGGCCCAGGGGAUCGUGACGUGCCUAAGAGCCACACCCUACAACAGCAGCAGACGCAAAGUCUACCUACCUAUGGACAUCUGCAUGCUGCACAGAGCCUCCCAGGAGGACUUCAUCCGAGGGAGCCGGGAACAGAAUGUGAGAGACGUGGUGUAUGACAUUGCCAGCCAAGCCCACGUACACCUACAACACGCCAGAUCAUUCAGCAAGAACAUACCAGCUUCCGCCUUCCCUGCCUUCCUCCAAACGGUGGUGCUGGAGGACUACCUUCAAAAGGUGCGGCAGGUAGACUUUGAUGUGUUCCAUCCCAGCCUACAGAAAAGAAACCCACUGAUCCCCAUCCAGCUCUAUAUCCGCUCCUGGAAGAAGACCUAUUGACCUGCAUGGUGGGACAUUAUCUUUAGCCCUAUCGUAAUGUAUACCAGGUUUCAACAUCCGAUUUCAGAAAGUCCCACUCGUAUGUUGGUUUCUAAGUAGACCAAUCUACAACAGUGGAUUUCAAGAGACUCUUCCAUCUAUGACAUCAGCACUCCCCAGAAAAGGAUUCUGAGCUAAAACAUGCCUUUGCCAUCUAAACCAGUUCACCUGUGUUAUUCCCUGUUGUAGACUAGACAGCUGAGGACCACAGACAGAGAUUAUUGUAAAGCAAUAACUACAGUACUGGAGACUGAACUGAAGCACUGAUAUCUUGAAUAUUUUCAGUAAUAAAUCGUUUAGCCAUGUUGAUGGUCGAUAAGUGUUUUCUCUCCU